UAUUUACAUAGUUAUCAUUUAUUAUUAUAACGCCUGGCGUUCUAUGAUUUUGGAUGUACAUAUGUAAAGAAUAUUAUCUAUAUCUGUGUUUGAAUGUAUAAAAUUCAUUGUGUUACCAAUAAACACAUUAUGAUUACAUAUAAGCCAUCAGUUAAAAAUGUGUUACUUCAAAAUUUAUUUUUUAUGAUCACUUAAUAAUUGUUAAAGCCAAUUAUCCAAUGCUGAAGCAAAACAUAACCCGGCUUACAUCCCGUUGGUCUAUUUUUAGUAAUUUUGCAAGGAGUAAAAAUUGAAUUUGGAGCGUGAUAACUGAAUUCUACUAGAUAAUUGUUCUCUAAAUUGAACACUAUGGCGGCCUUGCUUGGUGUUCAGUUAAUUAUCACAAUGGUUGCCAUUAAUUUAAUACAUCGAUUAAGUCCAAUCUACUCAUUUGCAAGAUGGUCCUUAUGCUCUACAGGACUUGUACGUUAUAUUCAUCCCACUGAUAAAGAAUUGAGACAAAUUUUAGGUUUAAAAAAAAAGGAAAAUAAACAAAAAAAAGGUCUUUCUAAUGGACAAAGUAACAAUGUUGAUGUAUUUCAAAUACCAAAAAAUUUAGAGAUUAAUCUGCAAAAUCAACCAAUUUAUGAACAUGAAAUAUAUCAACUUAAAUAUUUUAUGGAAUAUCAAUGGCUAGUCAAUUUUUCUAUUUAUGCUGCAUUAGUUUAUUUUUCUACAGAAAUUUAUUCAUAUUAUUCAUCAAUUACUAAUGAAAUAAAUUUAAGUAUGUUGUGGUGUGCAAUAGUUAUAGUAUUUGCAUUUAAAAUAUUAAUAUCAUUAACUAUGGAAUAUUUUUAUGGAGGAUUUGAAUCAGUUGGUGAAAGGUCAACAGUUGUUGUUGCAGGUUUUGUUUAUCUAGUCAUUUCCAUGAUUAUUUUAAUAAUUGAUGAAUCCAAGCUAGAUGUUCGAUUAGAUACUGCCUAUAAGAGUUUCAAUGAAAGCUCAAUAGAAUUUUUAAAUAAUCAUGGCUUACCUUCACAGGGUCCAGCAUCAAAGUUAAUUGUUAAAUUUUGUUUAGCAAUUUGGUGCGCAGUUACUGGAGCAAUGUUUGUUUUUCCAGGAAUUCGUACAGCUAAAAUGCAUUGGGAUUGUCUUAAGUAUUAUGAAUUAAACUGUUUUUAUGGCAAAUACAUAACUCAUAUUAUAAAGACUUUAAUGAACUUAAGCUUGAUUAGUCAUUUUUUACUUAUAUUACUUUGGAUCAAGCCAAUAACAGUUGAUUUACUAACAGUAAAAAAUUUGUCAGGAUUCAAUAAACCAUUAAUGUCAGUAGAACAGUUUGAGAGUCUGAGGUGCUGGGGAGUUGUAUUUGUAGUAAUUCAACGUUUGUUUUUAAUGCCAAAAUAUAUGCAAGCUUAUCUUAACAUGGCAUAUGAACGAUUUGAAUAUCAAAAAAAAGAAGCUGGACGUAUAACUAAUAAAGAACUACAAAAACAAGUAUCUGUGAUAUAUUACUAUACUUGUGUCGUUGUACUUCAAUAUAUUAUACCACUUGUGAUGGUACUAUUCUUCACAUUUUUUUACAAAACUUUAGGUGAUUUAAACUGGGUACAAUCAUUUAACAAUUUGCCUUCUACAAAUAAAGUUCUGACAAAUAAUACUACACUUAAAAUGGAAGAGCAAUACUUUACAAUUCAGUCACUAAAACAAAUAUUUACUGUAGACGUCUACAGAGGAAUUUUUGGAUUUGCUACCUGGUGGGUUUGUUUUUCUUGGUUCUUGUCACUAUCAUUAGGUAUAUUUUAUCAAACUUAUUUAUCAGCCUAAUAAUAAUUAAAAGUAUAAUUUAAAUACUAUUGUUGUUUAGUGGUAGAAUGAUAAAUUGAGUUUAGUAUUGUG